UAUAUCGCAGUUGAGCUCAGCACGUGUUUUGUUUGUUGCAUUUCCAAUAAAAUUUCGAUAAAACUAAAGAAAAAUAUUAAAAAAUAAUCAAUAAAAAUGGGUAAAUUUCGUUCAAAACUCAAGCGUCAUACCAAGGGAAAAACAUGGAGCAAGGGACACUCCUCCACAUCAAAUCCCGACCAAAUGAAACAUCGUAUCAAAGCAAAGUCGAGAUUUUUUCAACCCAAUAUCAGUUUGGCUCCUCCCGCAGCAGAACAAAAUCCCAAUAGCCUUACCUUAGAGGCUGUCAUGAAGCAUGAACAGAGGCAAGCUUUUAAUGCCGAAACAACUACCGUCAAUGAUGUGGCUGGUAGUUUAAAGUCUUUUAGUCUUCAUGAUGACGAUGAGCUUAUGUCCGAAUCGCAAGGAGGAACCUUUAAGACAUUUAAAACAUUCGCCUCUAACUACAGCACUUGCAGUAAUAUGAGCUUCAAAAAACUUCUAGUUGGCUUUAGAGCAUCCUCCGAUUUUCAUAAGGAAAUGUUGGCUAUUUUAACGGCAUUAACGGAAAUCAUAAAGGAAAGAGGUGGUACUGAAUCAUCCACAGAAUAUUUCAUUUUGUUAAUGGAACAAAUUGAGGCGAGCACAGAAGACAAUGAUAUCAUUGCCGGUGUGUCUCUUUUGUCUAUGGGUAUUAAAUCAGUGCCAACAGCGGUAUUGAGGAAAAGUUUUAGCGAUACGGCUCAAACACUGAUGUCGUGCCUGCAGAGAUUUAUGGAUUCAAAUAAUCAAUCGAUUAUUAAAUAUGUUAUUGGUUGUUUAUCGGUUUUACUAAGAGCUCAAGAUUAUAUGACCUGGACAUAUUCCUCAACUUGGCAAUAUAUAGAUGCUUUAUUAUCAUUUACCAUACACUCAAAGCCCAAAAUUCGCAAAGCUGCCCAACAUGCUGUUGUUUCAAUUAUUCAAGGCAGUUCAUUUAUGUUGCCUCCAAAAGCUGCUGAUAAUGAAGAGGAUAAUGAAACACCCAUGGAUGUUGCUAGUCAACAGCAACAAAUUAAAUUCCAUCCUGCUGGUAGUCGUGUCACCAAAUUCUGUUUAAAUCAAUUUAAACCAGAAGUUCUGGCUCAACAACAAACUACCGUGCUGCACACAUUAUCAUUGCUGAAAGAGACCAUUAGUGCUUUUAAAACCGAUGACAUAAGAACGGUUUGCGAACAUUUGUUGUCCAUAAUGACGGCAGCAAAUGUUUUGAUUAGAACAAAUUGCUUACAAACCAUGCAUCAGCUGUUUGUAUCACGCACCACAAAUUUAAGUGGCUUGUUGUGUGCUAAACUCUUGACGGCCAUACAUGAAUAUCGGCCGGAUCGCACAGAUUUUCGUCAAACCUUGGCCUGGUUGACUGUUCUCAAGGAGGGCCACAUACAUUUAAGUCGUUUGGAAUUGGGUUUAUGCAUAAAUGCUUUGCCUAGUUUUGUGGAAAUUUGUUGCAGUGAUUUGUGGCUUUCGGAUAGAACCGAUAUUAUAGUGGGCGUCUCAAAUGCCAUUAAGGAAUUGUUGUUUGAGUGUGUUAAACCAGCCUGUGCCACACAGGAAUUGGCCAACGUAUAUCGCGUGCCAAUUGCCAAAAUGUUAGCAUCGGUACACAAUGUUUUAAGUGCACCUUUUGGAGAAGUCGCCAAAUAUGUGGUGUUAACCUUCUCCAUUAUCUUUGAAGUCUGUGGUCCCUAUUUCGGCAAGGAGUUGUCGGCUUCAUUAUUGGAACUGGCCAAACGUUAUGAUACCCAAUCUGCUUUGCGCAUACAAAUCGAGCAUGCCAUUAUUUCGGCUAUUAAAUCAAUGGGACCAGAAGUUGUUCUAAAAUCCAUUCCCUUGACUAACGCUAAGGGCGAAGUCUUAUUGGAGAAAUCCUGGCUGUUGCCUCUGCUAAGAGAAGGUGCUGCAGGCGCAAGUUUCAAAUUCUUCAAGGAUGUGAUUUUGGCGUUGGCAUUAGACUGCAAUAAAAAAUGGCAUAAAUUUGCUGAAGAGAAACAAGUCUCCAUGUCCCAUACUUAUGAACUGCUGUGCUGUCAAUUGUGGGGUCUAUUCCCAGGUUUCUGUAGAGCACCUAAAGAUCCCGAUAACUUUAAAUUAAUAGCACCAACUUUGGGUAAUGCUUUGGACAAUAAUCCCGAGUUCAGAGCUCCCAUCUUCGACGGUCUCAUUGAGUUGAUACAAAAUGAAGAGCAAACUAUUAUACAUGAUGCCUUGGGCAAGUAUGCUAAAAACUUUUUACCCAGAUUGUUUAAUAUUUACACACAAAAACCGACUGGUACUUAUGAGCAAGAUUUACGCAAGAAAUCUUUGGAAGUUAUUAAGUCGUAUUUAACAAAAACCCCCAAUGAUAUGUUAAAAGAACUGUUUGAUACGGCCAACAAACAAUUGGAAGCCACUGAUGUGGGCACAUUUGAAUACGAUUCGAUAUUUGACAUCACUGCGGCUUUGGUAUUAUUCCAGACAUGCGAUGUUAUACGCAGCUUUUUCGAAACCUACAUAGUACCGGUUUUAAUGAAAAGCGAAAAAUCUAAACUAGUUGCCAAAGAUGAACAGAAAUUGAGAAAACAACAGCGUAAAACUUAUGAAUUACUGCGUGAUAUUAUGACCUCUGAAGCAGCUUCCUGCAAAAAGUUUACACGCACAAACUUGAUAGCUUUACAAAAAUUACUAUUGGAAGCCUUUUCCACCAGUUGUGCUGUAUGUCAAGCUGCACGUUUAAGAUGCCUGAAAAUUCUUAUUGAGACCCGCAAAAACAACACUAUCAGCGAUAAAAUUAUUAUAAAAACUUUACCAGAGGCUGUUAUAAAUUAUAAAGAAUUUUCCACACGCAAAGAAAAUAUUUCCGAGGAAUUAUUAAAAUUGAUUUUAGACUUGUAUCAGGAGGCAGAAAAAUUAAAUGAUUUUGUAGAUAUUUUAACGGCUGGUUUUGCGGGCGAUGAGGGUUUGAUCACCAACACUAUACUGGCCUUCCGUACGGUGGUACAGAGUCAGGGCAAGUAUUUAACAGUCAGUACAUUGGAAUUUAUAAUGGAACAAAUAGCGGUAUUUAUGGUGCAAAAGUCUAGAGGACAGGCUGAAGCUUCAGUGGCAUUUUUAAUAACAUUCAUUAAAGUAAUGCCCGCUCCCUUGGUGGCCAAUCAUUUGGAAACUAUAAUGAAAUCUCUAUCGGCUAUGGUUAAGGAUACCAAACGUUUCUGCCGCAUACAAAUUGGUUAUUUGUUAAAGAAACUUUGUAAACGUUUUACUGCCGAGGAAUUGAUUAGAUUUGUGCCCGGCGAUGAUGAAGUCACCCAUCGUAGACUUAAGAAGAUACGCAAACAGUUAAGACGUGAUAAUCGCAAAAAGCAAUCGGAAGAUAAUGCUAAGGACAGUGAUGAGGAGGGCUCAGAUGAUGAAUUUGUGCCUGGUUUGGAAAAGAAAAGUGUUACCAUCGAUGAUAUUUUGGCUGAUUCUGAUUCCGAUUUACCCGAAGAUAUGGACGAUGAUGACGAUCAUAAUGCAGCCGAUAAAUCAAAGAACAAAAAACAACGUCAUACAUUUAUACGUGAAGAUCCCGAAGAUAUUGUUGAUUUAGCUGAUAUUAAAUCAAUAGGAAAUGUUUUAACCAACCGUCCCAAUUUGGAUGCGGGCAAAUCUAGUUUAAAAACAAAAUCAACUGAUCCCAAUCGUGGCUUCAAGACCGCCGAUGACGGCCGUCUUAUUAUUAGUGAUAAAGCCUUACGCGGUUUUGGCAAGGAUGAAGAGGAUGGUGAGAGCAGUAGUGAGGACGAUGAUGAUGACGAGGGUGUUGAAAUGAAUGAGAAAAAGGCUGUUAAACGUGGCAUGGAAGAUGACUCAAGUGAUGAAGAAGAUGUAGCAGUCAUGGCUCCAAAUCGUAAACGUAAAGCAGCUGACGCUUUAAGUAUGCGUUCGGGCAAAACAUCAGCUUCACGUUACACAACCGGCGGCAAAGGUAUCCAUAGAAAUGUUGGCGCUGCUUCCGAUGCAGUCUCUAUGAAAUCGGGUAAAUCUGGUUAUUCAGCUAAAUCUUGCAAAUCGAGUCAUGCUGCUGGAGAAUAUUCUAACAAAAAAGCUAAGGGUGAUAUGAAAAAGAAAGGAAAAUUAGAUCCAUAUGCUUAUAUACCAUUAAGUAGAAAUACGUUAAAUAAGAGAAAACGUGCUAAAAAUACGGGUACAUUUAAAAAUAUUGUGAACGGCGCCCGCAAAGGAGCUUUAAAAGGAGUAAAAAGUAAAAUGGCCAAGGCCUAUAAAAAGUAAAUAAAUUAAAUACAUACAUAUAUGAUGUUUUUAUUUUUUUCUCCAAUUUAAAACAAAAGCUGUGUAUAUUUAUUGCAAAGAAGUUAAAAGUUUUCAAUAUUUUUUUUUAUAUAAAAAUAAAAUUUAAUUACUAUUUAAUACAUAAUAACUGUAUGUAAGAAAAUUAUCUGUGAAAUAAAAAAGUUAUUAAAUAAAACAA